GUGUCCUCACAGGUCGCUGGAGGAAGAAGAAGUAGGUGCCUAACAUGGAUGUGUCGCGCAGUGCAGAUGCAUCCGACCGGUGCUCAUUCUUCUAGCGCUAUGAUAUGCGCCAGUACCGAUGACCACAUAGGGUCUGUGUCAUCCGCUGCGGUUGGUCCUUUCCAAUCCUCCUUCAGGAGAAAAAUUUCUUCUGAAGUUCACCUAACACCUUCAUCGGACUCCCUCGUUACCCCGACCCAAGAAGCCCUGGCGAGUGCCGUUGGGGCUUUGACUUGCAGCCCGAGCAUGCCUUUAGCUCGGGCCAAAUCCUUAUUGGCAACCCUCAACCCCGACGCUGUUAUCACUGACACCUCUCUAUCUAACACAUCACUCAAUGCUAACAGUACUUCACAAAAUUUCUUGUUCGACUCACGCAACGCUACCUCUUCAGUCAGUGCUGCUUCUAGCGCAGGAGGUGGUAUCGGUUCAACUAGCGGUCUCUGUGGUGAUAACGGCGGUGUUUUUGGUGACGCUAGUUUACAAGGAACCGCCCUCCUUCCUCCUCUUUACCAAAUGCCUAUCAUAAGAACAACUACGUCUUCGCAGUUUAAACAGCUCUUCGGCGAAAACGGUAACAGUAAUGCCGAACAGCCGCAGCAGCAGCAACAACAAACUCAGCACAACGGCACAACCAACACAUCCAACCGCACCAAUGACACGUCCUUGCCUGUCAUGCGGCCAUCGUCUGUUGACUCGAAUAGCGUCAAAAAUGGCGCGACGAGGAUCAAAACAUACGUCGCUACCCCCGAUCAAGUAAUGAAGUAUUAUAUGAAUAAGUUGACGCCGUACGAGCAUAAAGAAAUUUUUACCUACAGUCAUAUAUAUUUCAUAGGCGCCAAUGCCAAGAAAAGGCCAGGGGUUGGCGAUACAAACAACCCAGCCAGUUCAAACUACGGAUACGACGACGCUCAAGGCUCAUACAUACACAUCCCUCACGACCACAUUCAGUAUAGAUACGAGGUGCUAAAGGUAAUCGGGAAAGGUUCCUUUGGCCAGGUAUUGAAAGCUUAUGAUCAUAAGAACCACAUGCACGUUGCACUCAAGAUCGUAAGAAAUGAGAAACGCUUCCAUAGACAAGCUCAGGAAGAAAUUCGUAUCCUCGAACAUCUCAGAAAACAAGACAAAGAUAACACAGUCAAUAUUAUCCACAUGUUUGACCACUUCAACUUCCGGUGUCACACGUGCAUCACGUUUGAGCUUCUCUCAAUCAAUCUCUAUGAGCUCAUCAAGAAGAAUAAGUUCAUGGGCUUCAGUUUACAGCUCGUCAGAAAAUUUGCUCACAGUUUACUUUUCUGCCUCGACACGUUGCACAAAAAUAAAAUUAUUCAUUGUGACAUGAAGCCUGAAAACGUUCUUCUCAAGCAGCAGGGUCGCAGUGGAAUCAAGGUAAUCGACUUCGGCUCUAGCUGCUACGAAAACCAGCGCGUGUACUCCUACAUCCAGAGUCGUUUUUACCGCGCGCCCGAGGUGAUCUUGGGCGCCAAGUACGGCAUGUCCAUCGACAUGUGGAGCCUCGGCUGCAUCCUCUGCGAGCUGCUCACGGGUCAUCCACUUCUGCCCGGCGAGGACGAGAAUGACCAGCUCGCCUGCAUCAUCGAGCUGAACGGUAUGCCGCCUGCCAAGCUGCUCGAGCAGAGCAAGCGCACCAAGAAUUUUUUCAACAGCAAAGGGCACCCUCGAUAUUGCGUUACGAGAACCCUAGUUGACGGAUCGGUGAUCGUGCAAGGCGGCCACAGCAGAAGAGGGAAGCCCAGAGGGCCUCCAGGGACCAAGAGCUUGCAGGCGGCGCUCAAGGGCUGCACCGAUCCACUCUUCAUGGACUUCAUCCGUCGUUGCCUAGAAUGGGACCCCGCUCUCAGAAUAACUCCCAGCAUGGCUCUCAAACACAGCUGGCUCAGGAGACGGCUACCGAAGCCUCCUUUAGACAAAAAUGCAGACUCUCCCUCGUCAUCAAAUACCCUUCGAACCACGCCAUCUUCUUCUUCCUCGUCGAGGAAUUCUUCGUCAUCGACGAGCAAGCUCAACACCAUAGGAUCGUCGGCGACUAAGCUCCGGGCGACCAUUACGGACGACGCAUCAGCAACGCUUCAUCCUCGUCACAGUCAUUCUCUGUCCCAGCACGUCGCCUCUGCCCAGCACAACGCUACCAAACUACCUCACAUAUCCAACAACGGUGCCUGAGCAGCUCUUGUUGUCUCUUUUUCAUUCCAUCUUUUCCUGUGACACGAACUUGAACGCGUCCAGCUCGAAGAGGUCGAUGUUUUUGUACUUCUGCAGCAAGACGCCUGUUUUAGAGGCAAUUUUGUGCAGCAGAAAUAUUAUAUUUAGGUGUCGUGAAGAUGUCUGAUCGACCCUGAAAAAAGCCCGUGAUGACCUCGCUGUGACUCGCAUCAAUGACAAAUUUCUGUACGAAAACGAGCUGUGCGAAAUUUAAUUCAUUAUAAUUGAUUUCUUGACUGCCAUUAAGUAGAAAGCCGUAACUCCGAUUACCUACUAACUACCGAAGCUGCACUAGCACAGUUCCACGCUUCACAGUAGCUACUACUCAAUAUUUAUUAUUCAAUUAAUCUCUGCCAUUCUGUGUAAUCGUGUUAGUCUCCAACAUUUGAGAUAACCCUAAUAAAUUACACUACGGAACAAAUUUGAUAAAUCGCGUCAUCAUAUCUCUUGUGAGCGAAUUAAUUUUCUUGGAGUAUCACUACUGAUUCGUGUUGUUAACCGGACAGAUUCAGUACUUCCCUCAGCUCUUUCACAUUAAGAAUUAUGAUUGAUACCUAAUUAUCAUUUAGUUCUUGGUUAUUCGAUAUUUGCAAGCGCUUUGGCAAUCAACAUGAAAACUUGGAGCCGCGCGUUGAAGCGAACUUUCUGCUGGGAGUCGAAUUUUUAAGCCAAUAGAUAUAUUUGAGGCUGAAAUGGGCUGUUCACAGAACAUACGUAGAAUUCUUACUGCUUUUUGGCCGAAUCUUUUAUAUAUACUUAAUUAAAUACAAACAUUGCUUACUAGGCAUAAAUUUUUUAUUAUUCUUGAUCUUUACUUACUUGCAGAAGUACUGAGUUGUGCGUGUUUUGCGAGAAUGGCAUUUAUAUUGUACAGAAUUUCGAUAUUUUUUGCCGCUCCUACGGAUAGGAGCGUGGAACUCUGUUGCGAACGCAACGCGUGGCUUGGAUGUUGCGCUCCUGCGGCAACGGCGGGACUUCCUCACGCUUCCACGAUCUCGCUUUGAGCGCCUCAUGACCUAAGGCUUAUUAGAGCUAUUUUAUCUUCGUGUCUUCAGCUGGUCUUACUUUAUCGGGAUCUUCAUUACUCGCGCGAAGAGCUUCAGCCAGAAACGUAUGACUGUGUACUGCAGACUAAGUCUGAUAGUGUUUGUUCUAAGCAGAGCUUGGAUUAUUUAUUAUUAUUUAUGCGCUGGCAAUGUUCCUUCUACUGAAACAACCAGUAAUGGUUAUGAUUCGUUUCUCACAAUCGUUUAUGCUUUAAUUGGGUCCAAAAACCAUCGGACAACAACGCAUCGAACAAUGUCUUCUGCACGCCACUAGAUCAUUUGAAAAUAAGCUGUAACUCUCGGGCAAUGUCAAUUAUCACGUUAUUUGAGCGAGCCAUCAUCGUACUAAUGUUGCGUUAGUUGGUGCUCGAUGAUCUUGGAAGUUGACUCGUUUCAGUCUUUACUUUAUUUGUGUUUGCCAAUAGUUGGGCUCUGCCAAUACCUGUUUCAUCUUCACUUUCAAGUCAAGAAUAAAAACGAAUUUUCAUAGUUCCUCAAAUUUGCUACAGGUUCUGAGAAACCACCAUGAACUUGAACGCUACCUACACUUGUUCCGAUACUUGUGAUAACUCAUUAGGUUUAUUAGGUUUCUAAUGACACUCUCUUCGUCCAUUUUAUAUUGCUUCUAAACGGCAAAAUUUACUUAUCUUAAACUUCAUGGUUAUCUUAUAAGCUCAUUCUAUGAUAAAGUUUUUCCUUACUUCUCAAAUCUUACAUCAUUAUGUACGAGGUCUUACGACUUUCUUACGUAUUUUGGUGUUCUUAAAUCCCACGUCUGCGACAAC